UAGCCUUUUGGCUCUCUGACCAGCACCAUGGCGGUUGGCAAGAACAAGCGCCUUACGAAAGGCGGCAAAAAGGGAGCCAAGAAGAAAGUGGUUGAUCCAUUUUCUAAGAAAGAUUGGUAUGAUGUGAAAGCACCUGCUAUGUUCAAUAUAAGAAAUAUUGGAAAGACGCUCGUCACCAGGACCCAAGGAACCAAAAUUGCAUCUGAUGGUCUCAAGGGUCGUGUGUUUGAAGUGAGUCUUGCUGAUUUGCAGAAUGAUGAAGUUGCAUUUAGAAAAUUCAAGCUGAUUACUGAAGAUGUUCAGGGUAAAAACUGCCUGACUAACUUCCAUGGCAUGGAUCUUACCCAUGACAAAAUGUGUUCCAUGGUCAAAAAAUGGCAGACAAUGAUUGAAGCUCACGUUGAUGUCAAGACUACCGAUGGUUACUUGCUUCGUCUGUUCUGUGUUGGUUUUACUAAAAAACGCAACAAUCAGAUAUGGAAGACCUCUUAUGCUCAGCACCAACAGGUCCGCCAAAUCCGGAAGAAGAUGAUGGAAAUCAUGACCCGAGAGGUGCAGACAAAUGACUUGAAAGAAGUGGUCAAUAAAUUGAUUCCAGACAGCAUUGGAAAAGACAUAGAAAAGCCUUGCCAAUCUAUUUAUCCUCUCCAUGAUGUCUUCGUUAGAAAAGUAAAAAUGCUGAAGAAGCCCAAGUUUGAAUUGGGAAAGCUCAUGGAGCUUCAUGGUGAAGGCAGUAGUUCUGGAAAAGCCACUGGGGACGAGACAGGUGCUAAAGUUGAACGAGCUGAUGGAUAUGAACCACCAGUCCAAGAAUCUGUUUAAAGUUCAGACUUCAAAUAGUGGCAAAUAAAAAGUGCUAUUUGUGAAAAAAAAAAAAAAAAAAAAGAAU